AUGACGAAUGGCACGACGACCUUGCACGAAGCAGCUGCCAAUGGCAGUAUCUUAACAGUGAAGGUACUGGUCGAGCACAAGGCGCAACGUGAGAAGACCAUGGCUGAGCUGCUGCGUCAAAGCGGAUGUGACAAACGUUGGCGGUGUUACGCCAUUGAUGCUGUCUUGUCUCAUGAACAAGCCCAUCGUGAUGAAAGAGCUGCUGGAGGGCGGAGCAGCGCUGUCGUUGACAAUGGCCUCACGGUGCUUCACGUGGCUGCUCAAACUGUGUUUUCUGCAGCGGUUCAGGGGAUUCUGACGUAUUGUUCAGAGGAUGUGAAGGAAGCUGCGAAUCUAUUGUCGGAUGCUGAUGCCAAGCCAUUGCAAGUUGCUGCUGGAAUGGAGCAUCAUGAAAUUGUGACGCUGCUGAAGCCGAUCAGCGAGGAAUUCGACGAUGCUGGUUUGGACAAGCUGGUAGUGGAGGAGAAGGCUAAGCUGGACGCGUAUGACGAACAGGCUGCUAAGAACAAGAAUGAUGUUGCCGCUGUUGAAGCAAAGGAGCCUGAUACUGCGGAAGAGAAGCUGGAGGCUGAAACCCGGUAG